AUGCCUCCUCCCGUCCAAUCCGCAUACAAACGGAUCGCCCAGCCCAAAGAAGGCGAAAACGGGUACAAAGAAUGCCAAUGCGGCAAAUCCGAAGUUCUCCCCGCCGGCUGGAAUGGAUUCGACGCCAAAGCGUUGGAAAGCGACAUUCACAUCGACCACGACAUCGAAAUCGUCGUUCGAGAUGGAGUCAGACUAUAUGCCGAUGUAUACCGACCAGCCGGCACAACGGAGAAAGUCCCAGCCAUCCUCAGCUGGUCAUUCUACGGGAAGAAAUACAGCGCAUUAGACAUGCUCCCAAUGUGCGUGUGGAAAUGCUGCGUCCCAUCAUCUGAUCUCAGUGGACUGGAGAAAUUCGAAGGUCUCGAUCCCCAGACAUGGUGUCCACGUGGUUACGCUAUUAUCAGUGUCGAUACGCGCGGAGCUGGCCACAGUGAUGGUCAGAUUUGUGUUAUGGGAACCCAGGAUGCCGAGGAUGGAUAUGAUGUCGUGGAGGCCAUUGCGCGCAUGGAUUGGUGCAAUGGUAGCGUCGGUAUGGCUGGUAAUUCGGCACUGGCUAUUUCGCAGUGGUUCAUUGCUGCGCAGCAGCCACCGUCUUUGAAAGCUAUUGCACCUUGGGAGGGAUCUGGUGAUCUCUUCCGUGAGCAAUUCUGUCGUGGAGGCUGGUUCUCCAUGAGUAACUUCGACCUUAUCGCGAAAGCCAUUGUUCGGGGUCAGGAGAAUUCAGGCCUUGAGGACUUCGAAGAGAUGUACCGUCGCUCUCCUGUUUCCAGUCCUUUCUGGGAAGAUAAGAGAGUUGAUAUGACACGUGUGAAAUGCCCUGUUUUCAUUCGAGGCUCGGAUGUUAGCUCUAUUCACACCAUGGGGUCUGUUCGCGGAUAUUUGGAGGUUCCUCAUGCUGAAAAAUGGAUCCAAUGGGGUAGCAAGCAGGAGUGGUAUGAGCUGUAUAGUGUGCCUCAGUCCACCGAAGAGCUUGUGCUGUACUUUGAUCGAUAUCUCAAAGGUCAAGACAAUGAGUGGGAGAAGACUCCCAAGGUUCGCUGGUCUGCACUGCAAUUUGGAGAUCGCGAAGCCAUCGACGAUAUUGUUCUUGAAGAUUUCCCUGCUCCUAACACCGAGCACCGGACUUUGUUCCUCGGGAAUGACAAGCAGCUUGUACAAAGCCCUGAUUUAAAUGGCCAGCAGGUCUCAUAUGAUUCCGAAGAUCGCCAUGAUUUCGGGGAGUUCAACUAUACCUUUGAAAAGGCAAGCCGGUUAAUCGGACUGCCGAAGGCUGUUCUAUACAUGUCCUGCGAAGACCGCGAUGACUUCACCGUGUUCGUUAUCCUUCGAAAGAAGGACAAGAAUGGGAAGGAUCUCAUGCAUCUCAAUUUCCCAUUCCACGCCACGCCCAUCAAAUCCAUUGACGAGAUUCCCGAGGAAGAUCAGGCCAGUCUCAACCUUCACCUGGGAUCUGUUGGAAUCCUGCGUGCUUCACAACGAGAAAUUGAUGCCACCCGGAGCAUUCACUCUCAAUUCCCAUUCCAUCCUCAUACGCGACAGGACAAGAUCUCUCCGGGAACCAUCGUGAAGCUGGAGAUUGGUAUUUGGGCCAUGGGCGUGGACUUUGAUGAGGGCGAGUCAAUCAGUGUCAGAAUUGGAGGACAAUACCCUAGUAUUGCCGAAUAUAAGACAUUCUCGAAGCCGAGACCUGAGCAUGAGCUCAAUCGUGGCAGGCAUAUCAUUCACUGCAGUGAGGAAUACCCAAGCUGCGUGAUUCUGCCUUUCAUCUAG